AUGGCAGUACAAAUCAUUAAUAGUCAAGGAGGUGAAAUGACUCCUGCAACCAUAAAAAUGGAAAGUACAAGGUCUAUGGCGCCUGAAGAAGCACACACUUUUGAAAACAUUGAUGCCACAACCACUACUACAACAGCAAUGACAGCCCCUAUUAGCAUCAAACGUGAGCUGGAAGACUAUCAAGGAUUGUCCAACAAUACACCAAAAAGGCGCAGAACUUUGAAGAAGCAAGUCCACUUUGGCUCCUUUGGCGACGAUUCCAUUCCUCCACAUGAACAAGUCCACAUCUUCCCUCGUAUCAGCGCACUCGAUGCCUCUGCUGUGUGGUACUCUAAUGAAGAGUUCCGGCACACACGCCAAUGUGAUGCGCACUGGGUCAAGUUUUUCUCUCACUACAACCAACCUAGAGAAGCCUAUCAGCAGCAAUUGUUUCAAGUACUCGGCGCUGCCUGUGGCAAACUUCAACACAACAAUCGUGCCAAUGCCCAACUUGCAAAUAGCCCCAUGCGUGGUCUUGAACGUGAAAUGUCAUAUUGCUUUCGUCAACGCAGAAAGCAUGUCAUUGCCAACGUUCUACAGAGCCAGAAGGCACUAAACGCAUGGAAAAAGAGCAGUAACGCUGACAAAGACAAGAGCGGAAAAGGAGCUGAAAUGAUUGCAUCUCAUUACCGCUCGUUGGCACUACCUUCAACGAAGUUUGCCCAGUUGAUGGCCCAAGGCGAUGCGCUGAUAGUGGCCGACAUGAUUAAGAAGCAACAACGAACACGAAGCCGAUAA